UCUCCCAGCCGCUGUUAGCAUGAGAAUGAGGAGCUUAGAGGGACCGGCGCUUGGAAAGCCAGUUCGUUGUAGGAACACGCACACUGUGUGACCGAGUCAGAGAAAGGAGUUUAAAUCGCAGAGAGGGAAUCGAGAAAAUCUACACAGCAGUGACUCGCUCCGAAAAAAAAAAUAAAAACCCUCCUGUCUUUUAUACCAGGAAUACAUUUUAGGAAGGUAGCAGAUUUCUAAAUCUACAGAAUACAGGAAUACACAGCGGCACAGCGAUCUGCAAUUUAACAUGAUCUCCCCGUGCGCUUUCCCUUCCUAAUCAUCCAUGGCGACAGCACAGACCUUGCCCCUGACCAGCAAAUCCAGCACCCACUUCAGUGACCUCUACCCCCUCCCCUCCCAGCGCGGCCAGUACAGGAGCACCAUGGGAAGUGUGGGCAGCCUGAUCGAGAAGCCAAACCUGUCCUCAGAGCCCCUGCACAGCAGCAGGGCCGUGCCCCAGGCGGGACCCAGGCAGCCCGACGGCCUGCUCAAGAAGGGCCUCGCCCAGAGGGAGCUGCUCAACUAUCUCAACAUCACCAAGAAGGAGCCCAAACCAGGCAAGAGGACCGUCUCCUCCAUCAAGAGGGAGCACGGCUCCGAGGAAGGAGAGAACCUCUACAGCAAGAUGCAUCACAAGCACGGCAAGGAGAUUGACCUGACCAAGAACUCCCUGCCGCUGGAAAAGUCCCGGUGUCGACCCUCUGCGUUCAAACCAGUCACUCCCAAGAACUUCAGCUCAAUGCAGAACCUGUACCCGUCCAGACACGAGGACCCAGAGAAGGGGCUCCCCAACGGGCUUCAUCACGUCUCCUACACCAAGGCCUCCCCCUCCAGGAGCGGCCCCACCAGACCCCCUCCGCCGCGAGCCCUCAGCCAGCAGGACGAGGAGAACAUGUCUGACUCGGGACACCACUCCCUGAACAGCCUCCCGCCCUACCGGCCCCCCUUCAAGGCUCACCUGGGCCAGAUCAGCGCCUCCAUGAGCCACAUCAACCACAUCGGCUCGCUGGAGCGUGGCUCGGCGGGCUCCCGGGGGGGGCGGUCCACGGCCACGGAGCUGUCGUGCCGCAGCAUGGCCACGCUGCACCGGCUGCAUGGCUGUGACGGGGAGGCACCCCCACCCUACCAGGCCUCGCUCUCCAUGGAGGACAUGGUGAAGGACCUGGAGGAGAGGCUCCUGGAGAAGGAGCACGAGCUGAAACAUGUGAGGAGGAACCUGGACGAGAGCGAGGACGCCAUCGCUCAGGUGUUUGAAGAGAGGCAGCGGCUGUGGGAGAAGGAGAUCGAGGAGCUCAAGCGGCUCUACGCCACCAAGCUGCGGCAGAUCUCCCAGCAGGCCCAGCGCUCGCAGCGCACGCUGCAGCUGCAGCUGUACAAGGUGCAGCAGGAGAAGCGCAGGCUGCAGGAGGACCUGGGCGCGCUGCAGCGGGAGUGCGAGGGGUUAAAGACUUUCGAGCAGGGACAGGACAACCCCAGACUGGAGGAGACCAAGUGGGAGGUGUGCCAGAAAUCAGGGGAGAUCUCCCUCCUGAAGCAGCAGCUGAGGGACUCGCAGGCAGAGGUGGCUCAGAAGCUGGGUGACAUCUUCAGCCUGAAGACGCAGCUGAGAGAGACGAGGGGGGAGCUGCGAAGCAAGGACAACGAGAUCGAGCUGCUCCGAGACUCCCUGCAACGCACCCUGCAGGACGGAGAGGAGGACGGAGAGGCAGAGGGUGAGGGCAGGGAGGGGAGGGGGCAGCAGCAGGGCUCCACAGAGGAGAGGCUGAGGGCGGAGCUGCUCCUGGAGAGACGACAGAACGAAGCCCAGACCUCCCUCUUCGAGUCGGAGCGACGCACCUGGCAGAACGAGAAGGAGAAGGUGAUCCGGUACCAGAAGGAGUUGCAGACGGGCUACCUGGAGAUGUACCACAAAAACCAAGCCUUGGAGAAGGAACUGCAGGAGCUGCGAGGAGCUGGAGGAGGAGGGGGGGAGAGUGGCAGCAGCAGCACAGGGGCCAGCGACCCACAGCAGCCCACAGGCCUGCCCUGGAUAGAGAGGAUCGAGUCCUCUGAAAUAUGACUGCCUCUGGUGGCAGGAGGGGCAAAGGACAGAGGAAAUAGGAGGGCCAGAAAUAAAAAAUGAACGCAACAAUCUGUGGGCAAAAGAGACUAAAGCUGAAAGAAGCCAGUGCUUGUGUGGCUGUUUGUUAUUGGAUGACGUGCCCUUCAAUCCAGGAAGCUGCUGCAGAAGGUGCUGCUCUUGGGAGUCCGGGACUGCAGGAAAAUGUACGAGACGUCAACGCUGCAUGCUGUCUUGCAAAGUGCCAGAUUAUUAUUUUUUUUUUUUUCACUUUUGAAAAAUAAAGGGAUUUUUUUUGUUUUUUUUAAACGUAACAAUUCAUCAACAUCUCUGUGAGGGGGGAAAAAAAUUCUGGAAUUUACCUGUAUAGUUUUUAAUGUAAUUGUUUUUUUUAAUUAUACUUUUUAUUAUUAUUAUUAUUAUUAUUAUUAUUAUUAUUAUUAUUAUUGUUGUUGUUAUUUAUUUCAUUUAUGUUUUUUUUUAUAUUGGGAACAAUAACCCAGCAUUGUAGUUUUCACAUGCAACACAUUUUUUGUGUAGUUCUGAGUCAGUGUGAUACAUGAGCCCCCUUGGUCUGAUUGGAGGAUUGUGCUGAUAAAGGCGGGUCCUAAUGCAUGACUGACAUCUAACUUGCAUGCUCUCAGCAUUGUUUCCACCCCCCCACUCCCUUCGGCAGCUGAUCAGAAACAAGAACAUUGGAAGUCAGCACAUCAAGGGGCAGAGCUUCAGAAACUUGGCUUGUUAGUUAUUAGGACCUUGUUGUUUGUUCACACACACAUACACAGAGACUCUGUUAUUCAGUAACUCCCUAAGUUACAGUCUCACCAGAGGCACAAGCAUAAAGAACCCAGACUUCCCUGCAUAUCCACCACACCUUUCUUUUCUUUAGAAACUUCCACGCCAGCAUGUUCCGGGGUCAGACUAAGGUAACUGAACCUGGGCCUGGAUGUAAAGGCACGUCAGGACAUUUGGUCCUUUACAAAUCAGAGCUUCCUGAAUUUAAGGCACGCUGUAAUAAAUAAGUGAGCUGGGUCUGCUGCUGUGGGUGAGACGCAGAAUUUAAAAUGGACCUGUGUUUCACAUGAAGAACGGCUCCCUAGAUUUCCGAAAGGUUUCCUCAGAUAAUACCAGACCCUGAAGAGUCCAGACACUGAAGCUCAAGGAGAGAAGCAGCCCAUGUAGAAUGUCAUUCUAAAUGAAGAAGCCUCUCUGUACAGAACAUAAACCAGCAGUGCUGGAACUCUGCUUUCCAGUACAAAAGAGCCGGGCUGCGCAAUGAUCUUCUCAACAGAACACAGCUGUGUGUAGUUUCCCCAGCGGAGGAAAUGGGCUAAAUAAAGACAUGAAUGGACUGGCACCACCCUGGGAUUAUGAGACUGUGAUGCUGGUAGGACUAUCCUGGUCCAGCAACGACCACUCCCUGUGCAUGGAUACGGGGCUGUGAGACAUGGAAUAAGGACAAUGGACAACUUGUGUUACAGAAAAUAAAUAAUAAUAAUAAUUUAAAAAGAAGGAAUAUGAAGAAAUCCUGUGUAAAUUCUGUGAUCCCCAAUUCAAAUCACUUAAUCUCUGUGUGUAUGUGUGUGAAUGUGAAUGUAAAUAUAUAUA